AUGCCUCCCACCGAAGAAGACAACGAAGAUGAUUGGGAAAAGGACGACGAAGAGGAGGAAGAACAAUUAGAAGAGCAACAACAACGAGGAGACUUUGUCGAAGAAGGUCUUCGCCAGCGUCGGGUUUGGCGAGGAGAAGAAAACAUCGACGCAUUCAACGCGACGACGACGACGACGAGUGUUGACGACGACGCAAACGUAAACGUAAACGAGGACGACGAGUCCGGGAGGGAAGAAGAAGAAGAAGGAGGAGGAGGAGUAGAACACGUCAACGCGAUAAUGAAUGGAUUUCGCCUCGCCGUGGAAAGUUUCGAACGCAGCGGAAACGUCGCGGCGCUCGCAGAGUACACGGCACAGCUCCGAGAGAGCUUCCCAGCAGAACUCCGAGAUGUACAGCAGCAGCAGCAUUUACUGGAGCAUGUACUCCCUGGCGACGCCGGGGAGCUUCGCGCGGGCAUAACUCGCAUGAGGGGAAAUCUAAACGCUUUAAGUAGGCUGGUGCCAUCAACGGACGCCCUCGGUUUGCAAGGAGGAGAGACGAGUGCAGGUAUGAGUAUGGACGAUGGAGCUCGUCUGGCGUACGCUGAGGCGCAAGCGCUUAUGCGGAACGCAUCCCUUGUUCAUCAUCAGACUCUUCUAGCGAAUACAGACGUUAGAGCGGGAGUGGGUGAGGAAGUGCCGCCUGUCGACAACGGGCUGCCGCUUGGCGCCGUGGAGAGUGAUUUUGACGUGGAGCGCGCGGUUCACGCGGACGAAGACGAAAGAUAUAUCGACGGGACAGGGAGAGAUGAAGCAGUCAAUCACGGAAUCGUAGAAGACGCGGAAGAAGAAGCGGAAGAAGAAGCGGACGACGAGACUGUGAGAAUAUGGAAGCGAUUCGACCAGCUCGUGGCGAAAGUAAAAAUGCGACGUACGAUUGCGUUUGGAUUCGAGGAAGAUGAUGAUGAUGAAAGCGACAUUGAAGAUGAACCAACGACAAGUCGCGUUGAAGACAAGAAAAUAGAAAGAGAUCGAAAACUAAACGUGCCGAAGAACUGGAGAAUGAGCGCAGACGGAAUCGCGGUACCCGCAGAGCACAGAAGAGGAUUGCGCUCUAUUUUCAUUCCCGGACGAGUUUGGUUCGGAACGAUUUGGAUUCCCGGGAGCGAGAAGAAAUCGAGAUACACGUUUCGCGUGUUGUUUUGGGACGAAGAGAGAGAACUUUUGGUGUGUUCGCACUCGGCGCAAGGAGACGAGCAGACGUUUUAUUUGCACGCCGAAGAACAAGGUGAAGAUAAUGAUAAUUUGAAAAUAUCAUUUCGCGAUAACGAAACCUUUUGUGACGGACAAGUCUUUCCAAACGGCGUCAUUCGAGGACAAGUUCGACAAAUGAUUCGAGGAUAUGAAGGGCACUACGAACCCGCCAACGAGACGCAAAACUUGUUUGAAUUAAAAAUAGCGAAAUGGACGCCAAUUCCAGAUGUGGAGAGCGCGUUAGAGAAGCAGGUGAAUUCGUUUAGGAGGUUGGGUCUGCCUUUUAUGAGUGCGAAGGAUGCGGUAGAUUACGACGAUCCUCGCCGUCGUGAGGAUCUUCGAGGAUCGAGGAUCAUCGAGGAGGAGGUGAAACGUACUACUAUCGAUGGCACUAGACCAAUGAAACAGAACAGAAAGCUAGUCGAUUUUUAUCUCCAGCGUAAACGGUGGGCGAUGUCGCGCGAAAUUCUACCGAGUGUGAAAGACGCGCUGCUGCACGUUAAAAAUGCGAGAGACUUUAAAAAGUACGAACAAAUGAAAAGAAGUAUGUUGGAGACGUUGGUCGGUUCAACGAGGCUCCUAUCAUUCCCGAAAGGUUUCUCGUGCUUUGAAAGCGACGUGGAAGAAAUUGCAAAAUGUCAAGAUAACAGCCUUGGCGGUCACGUGUAUUACGAUGAGAACGAGAUGAGUGAUGCGGAUAGCAUUGCAUUAGAAGAAGAACCCGAGUCAAAUGCGAUGAUGUUUUUUAAUACUUUCUACUCGGCGGACUUCGUGGAUUACAAAGACAACGAUCAAGCGCGAGUGCAUCUUAGUCGUGCUGGGGUUUCUCUCACUUUCAAGCACGAAAAAGUACCCAGACAAGCCACGCGGGAGUACCACUGGUUCCAAUUUUGGGAAGUUGCAAAAUCUGAGUCCGAAUUGUUAUCCGCCAGCCUUCGCGAAACCGCGGCGGAACUUCAAAACGAAAUAUUUGCGACGCCGAGAGAGAAACUCAUUGACCUGAGCAAACGCCACAGACUCAAACACAAAGCGCACGCCGACAUGAGCGAUAGAAUCUGCACGCCGCAGGCGCUUGUUUGGCGCCUAGUCAUGGACGCUAAAUAUCUCGCCUCCGAAAAAUUUCCGCCGGAGUAUCCCUUUCAAGUAUUCGUCCGCGAGGCUAUUCGAAUGGGUAUGUUUGCCCAUAACGUCAUGGAAGCCCGCAUGAUGCAAGCGUACAAACUCUUGGACGAUAGUUUCAACGCGUACGCCAAUCGUGUUCCGUUAUCAGAGUUCGUCAACCGCGUCACUUCGUUCCAAGUGCCUGCGUCGAUUGCACCCAGUGGUCGUCCAGUCACUCCAAGCACGCUCAAAAACGUUUGCGCCAUUUGCCUGGUGGAUUUCGAAGAAAACGACCGAGUGCUCACGCUGGAGUGCAAUCACGUCUUCCACGAAUCCUGCGCGAAAGAGUGGCUGUUCAAAUCCUCGUUCCCAUCGUGUCCAAACUGCAGAAAACGCGUCAACGACGGCGUCGGGGAAUAUCUCAUGGCGUCAUCGAAUGAGGAAAGAGCAGAGUUGACGCUCCUCGUCGAUUGCGAUUACGUUCGCGAAAAUUUCCUAACCACCGGAUUCGUAGACGACGACGACGUAAACGACGACGAAGGUGAAGAAGAAGAAGAAGAAGACGAAGACGACUACGAGGAAGAAGAUGCCGAAGAUGAACAGGAAGAAGAACACCCGUACGAUUGGGUGCAACGCGAGAUGCGAGACGUGUACACACUCAGCGAUUUAGAAGCGCAGCAGAGAGAAGAAGAAGAAGAAGAGGAAGAAGAAGACGCGUACGAUUGGGCGCAACGCGAGAUGCGAGACAUGCAACACGUCAGCGAAGAAGCGCAGCAGAGAGAAGAAGAACAGGAAGGAGAGAAUAGAUACUUGUAA